AUGGAUUUUGAAAAAAUAGCUUAAGAAGUAUUUGAAUACUAGAAUUAAUUGCGAAUUGAUCCUACUAUUGGUAUACCGCCUUUAGAAGCAAGAUUGAAAUAUUUUAAAGGCAAUAUCCUACAUAUGCCGGGUUAGAAACCCCUUUAAUACAAGGAAGGAGCUGCUUGUGUUUAAGAAUGUAUCGACUUUUUAAAAACUUAACCUCCUUUGCCUCCAUUUCAAUAUGAGAAAGGACUGGAAUUGUCAGCCAGAGAUCAUGGAAUUGAUUUGGGUAAUUGUGGAUGUCAACUAUUAUCUUAGGUAAGAAUGGCACAAAUGGUCAUACUGGCACUGACGGAUCCAACGUUUCAAAGAGAAUUAGUCGAUAUGGAUUGUGGAAGCCUGGGCCAGCUGGGUAGAAUAUUAGUUAUGGCAAAGUAACAGGAUAGGAAGGUAAUUGGCAGUGUAAUUAUUUAAGUCUUGUUGUAACUUAUUGUUGACGAUGGAAAACCUGACAGAGGACACAGACACAAUGUUUUCGACAAGGAUUACAAGCUAGUAGGGGUCUAUGUUGGCGAACAUAGUAAAUUCAAAUACAUUACUGUUAUGGAUUACUCCAAGAAGUUUUUGAUGAAGGGUCAGAAAAAGUAAACCAAAUAGAAACAGGAGUAACAAGAAAAUGAAUUGAUUGAUGAAGUGGAAAAAGUCAACUUGGAAGAUCAAGAACAAGAAGAUACGGAUUAAAACGUAUAAAUCAAGGAAGGAAAUGCCUAAGGUGAUGAUUGCAUAGAAGUUGGUGCUGUAGAAUAGACUGACUUUCAAUAAGAACCCUAGUUCUAGUAGAAAGAAGAAGAUUAAUUGGAGUAGUAAGAAGAAUAAUAAGAAUAAUAAGAUUAAGAGGAAACGAAUAAUGAUAAAUAAACUCAAAGCAAAGUGGUUAAACCUGCUGGUUGUAUCAAAAUAGUAAAGAAAAUAAAAAUUGUUACUCAGAAUGGAGUCAAAUUGAAAUAGAUUACAUAUGUUUUUAAAAUGAAAGAUGGAACUGAAUAAUCAUAAAUUAUAUUAGAAUGA